CGUCGGAGCAACGCAGUGGGGGUCUUCCCGCUCCCCCGCAGGCUCCAGGCGCGGUGCACUCUGGGGGAACAUGGCCGCUUCCGGUCUCCCUCCCUGGCCGGCGCUGGCUUAACUGCGGCCCCUGCCCGAAGCACUCCGCCCUCUGCUUCUCACGCCCUGCAGCCUCGAAGACCGCUUCAGCCUUCUCCUCUGCUGCCACUGCCGCGCCAUGGAGAAGAGCUCCAGCUGCGAGAGUCUUGGCUCCCAGCCGGCGGCGGCUCGGCCGCCCAGCGUGGACUCCUUGUCCAGGUAACCAGGGCGCCCAGGGCCCCGCCCAGCGGCCGAAGGGGAUGGAGAGGGGCCGGGGACCCGCUGGACAUUGCCCCAACUCGCGGAUUGUGGUUUCUGAAGGCUGCGCCGGAAUUCCUUCCCCGGGACUUGGGAAUCACUUCUGCCUCCCUCUCUGGGGCGUGGAGGCUGAGGAAAAGUGCCUCCACUUCUCAUUCAGAGAAUUCAGUGCAUACAAAAUCAGCUUCUGUUGUAUCAUCAGAUUCCAUUUCAACUUCUGCCGACAACUUUUCUCCUGAUUUGAGGGUCCUGAGGGAGUCUAACAAGUUAGCAGAAAUGGAAGAACCACCCUUGCUUCCAGGAGAAAAUAUUAAAGACAUGGCCAAAGAUGUAACUUAUAUAUGUCCAUUCACUGGUGCUGUACGAGGAACUCUGACUGUCACGAAUUAUAGGUUAUAUUUCAAGAGCAUGGAACGGGAUCCUCCAUUUGUUUUAGAUGCUUCUCUUGGUGUGAUAAGUAGAGUAGAAAAAAUUGGUGGUGCUUCUAGUCGAGGUGAAAAUUCUUAUGGACUAGAAACUGUGUGUAAGGAUAUUAGGAAUUUACGAUUUGCUCAUAAACCUGAGGGGCGGACAAGAAGAUCCAUAUUUGAGAAUCUAAUGAAAUAUGCAUUUCCUGUCUCUAAUAACCUGCCUCUUUUUGCUUUUGAAUAUAAAGAAGUAUUCCCUGAAAAUGGGUGGAAGCUAUAUGACCCUCUUUUAGAGUAUAGAAGGCAGGGAAUUCCAAAUGAAAGCUGGAGAAUAACAAAGAUAAAUGAACGAUAUGAACUUUGUGAUACAUACCCUGCCCUCCUGGUUGUGCCAGCAAAUAUUCCUGAUGAAGAAUUAAAGAGAGUAGCAUCCUUCAGAUCAAGAGGCCGUAUCCCAGUGUUAUCAUGGAUUCAUCCUGAAAGUCAAGCCACAAUCACUCGGUGUAGCCAGCCCAUGGUUGGAGUGAGUGGAAAGCGAAGCAAAGAAGAUGAAAAAUACCUUCAAGCUAUCAUGGAUUCUAAUGCCCAGUCUCACAAAAUCUUUAUAUUUGAUGCUCGGCCAAGUGUUAAUGCUGUGGCCAAUAAGGCAAAGGGUGGAGGUUAUGAAAGUGAAGAUGCCUAUCAAAAUGCUGAACUAGUUUUUUUGGAUAUCCACAAUAUUCAUGUCAUGAGAGAAUCAUUACGAAAACUUAAGGAGAUUGUGUACCCCAACAUUGAGGAAACUCACUGGUUGUCUAACUUGGAAUCUACUCAUUGGCUAGAACAUAUUAAGCUUAUUCUUGCAGGGGCUCUUAGGAUUGCUGACAAAGUAGAGUCAGGGAAGACGUCCGUGGUAGUGCACUGCAGUGAUGGCUGGGAUCGCACAGCUCAGCUCACUGCCCUUGCCAUGCUCAUGUUGGAUGGAUACUAUCGAACCAUCCGAGGAUUUGAAGUCCUUGUAGAAAAAGAAUGGCUAAGUUUUGGACAUCGAUUUCAACUAAGAGUUGGCCAUGGAGAUAAGAACCAUGCAGAUGCAGACAGAUCACCAGUUUUUCUUCAAUUUAUUGACUGUGUCUGGCAGAUGACAAGACAGUUUCCUACGGCAUUUGAAUUCAAUGAGUAUUUUCUCAUUACCAUUUUGGAUCACCUAUACAGCUGCUUAUUCGGAACAUUCCUCUGUAAUAGCGAACAACAGAGAGGAAAAGAGAAUCUUCCUAAAAGGACUGUGUCACUGUGGUCUUACAUAAAUAGCCAGCUGGAAGACUUCACUAAUCCUCUCUAUGGGAGCUAUUCCAAUCAUGUCCUUUAUCCAGUAGCCAGCAUGCGCCACCUAGAGCUCUGGGUGGGAUAUUACAUAAGGUGGAAUCCACGGAUGAAACCACAGGAACCUAUUCACAACAGAUAUAAAGAACUUCUUGCUAAACGAGCAGAGCUUCAGAAAAAAGUAGAGGAACUACAGAGAGAGAUUUCCAACCGAUCAACCUCAUCCUCAGAGAGAGCCAGCUCUCCUGCACAGUGUGUCACUCCGGUCCAAACUGUUGUAUAAAGGAUUGUAUAAUCAGGGGCAUCAUUGCUACACACUCUUGAUUACACUGGCAGCUUUGAGUAGAAAGUCUUCCAAAUUUAGAACCCAUCUAUGAGAGAAGGUUCAGUCACUUUAUUUAUUUUAAAUCUCUCUAGGAUGAGUUUAGAACUAUAACAGUGCAGGUCGCUUAAGUGAAAUAACUCCAUAUGUAAUUACAUGAUUAUGACACUAAUCUUUUAGGUAUCCAGAGAAUAUUAAAAUACUUCAAUCCUGGAUCCACAGUGGGAACAAGUUUUUAUUAUUAAACGGAAAAUACUGUUAUAAAUCUUGCCAUCUGGUAAUAUUAAAACCAUUUUAGAAAUACACUCUGGUCACUAUGCAGAGGAAGUUUUCAAACUAACACUGAAAUUCUGUGGCAUCAUAUAUAUUGGGUCUUGAUGCCAUGACAGAUCAAAAUCAUUUCAUAUCCCUUUCUGAUUUACCUUGACCAAUUUUUUUUAACUUCCAUAUUCUUCAUACAAUAAAAGGCAGUGUUGAAGAUAUUAUGGCAUAGUCAUAGUUGAAAAAUUACUGCUGUCAUUAUUUACCUACUUAAGGUAUAUUAUAAAGUUGAUACAAAAUGGGAGGCCUUAUAGAUAUACUUGGGGGAAGAUAAAGGGGAGAAAGUAGCCAUACAGGAGUUCAGAGAAUUCCAUGCCCUUCAUAUUAGCCCAGUUACCAGAAACAUCAUGGAAUGUAUUUUAAAAACUAAUGAUUUACUCCACUUUAUUUCAUUUGUUUUGUGUGUCUAAACACACAGAAGCAAACUGGCAAGUUUUUAAGAAAUAUUUAAAAAUCUUACUAGGACUGACUUUUUUUCCCUCAAGUCUGUAUAAACAGCUUAUGGUGAGAAGUAUUAUGCUCAAAUUUUACAUUAUAUAUUUUUUCCUUUGCAAAUUCUGUAAUUCCACUGAAUGAUUAAGUCUACCAAAGAACAUACUGCAUGUAAAAGAUGUAUUACAAUCUCAAAGCCAGUAAAAGAAAUCUUGCUUCACUGUUCACCUGCUAUAAGUAAGAGUUCGGUGCUGGUAGAAACAUUUGACUCUGAUGUCUAUUUUACUCUAUGUAAGAGCCAUAUGUAAUGUACUGUAACAAAGGAGCUUCUUGUCCCUUGGUCUUUUAAUUAAAAGAAAUUCCAACUGACUUUUAAA